AAGCUUACAUGUUUAAACUUCAAAGGUUAAAAAUCACCCUAAAUCAUUAACCCCCGCUGCCGCCGCCUUCCUCUUCUCCCCUUCCUUCCCCUUUUCUCUCUACCAACUCCAGCAGAGGCACCACCGCCGGCAUUGUUUCUCUGUUCUCCACAUCUCCUACGCCGUUCACCUCUUGCGUCGCCGCUCCCGUCUCUCCCCCUUUGGCUGCUGCAAGCGUCUCUUCCCGCUUGCCCGCGUCGCUGCCGCCAGCGUCUUUUUGCCACUGUUGGACAAACCUUUGAACCCGUCACUUGACCGGUUCAGUUCUCGCAACCUUACUCUCUCAUCCACUCACACUCACUCUGCGUCUCUACCUCGCCUUUCAGACCUCCUCGUCGCCACUGCCUCGUCUCCACUGUCCCUCGACAUCGCCUCUCACCACUCGGUUUGUUGCCUCGCCUCUUCCUCUGAGCCUCCGCGUCUUGCCGACUCGCCGUGCCUUCCUCUGUCGCCGUCAGUCCGUCACGAUCCCACUGCGUUGCCCCUCCCUUUCCGUGGCCAAUUUAUGGUCCAUCUGCAGCCAGCAGAUAUCCACUCUGAUCCGGGAUUGGGCGAGGAAUUGGUACCCGUCACUCGUCAAGGGUACGGUGUGGGGACUGGGAAGUUAUGCAAAAUGGGGGAUGGUGCAGGGACCAUGUUGGAUUGUUGGUUUUACUCUUUUCGUUAUUUUCUUUGUGUUUGUCUCACCAUGAACCUUUGUUUUGCCCACAAGCCAUAACUGCCAGAGUCUCCAUGGCAGAAAGGAGCAAGGAGCUUCUUCACUUGGAACACAAGGCCACACCCCUCUCAUCUUUAGAAUCCACACUUCUUGUUUGUAACGGCAAAAGAGAACAAUGCACUCAAACUAAGAUACUUCCCCCUAAUGGCACUCCUCUUACUUCUCCUAUUCCCAAAAGCCAACUUUUAGGGAAGGUUAAAGAUUUCUUAGGAGUAAUGUCAGAAGCAAAUAAGCGGCUGGAACUUGAUGCGAAGGAUCAUCCUGAGAGUUACAAUAUUGAAGAUCUCACUGGAAAUGAAUCCAAAGUUAUUGAAAUGGAUUUGAUGCUUGGUGUUGCGGAUCUUAAUACACCUGAGGCUGUGGCUGCUGCUGAAUCAGCAAUUUCCAGUUGUCAGCCUGCGAUUUCAUUGGCCGCUGAUGGCAAAGACACAGACACAGAUUCAGAUGAAAGCAGUGCUGAAGAUGAUAACGAGGAUGAUGGAAUCAGAAGUGGUGAUGCUGGAAAUGAUGGUAGAAAGCCUUCAUCUCUUGAUGAUGAAAAACGAAAGGGAAAUAAUAAUUCCAAAAAACGAGCAAGGAUAGUUGAGCUCUCAUGAACUCGAUGGUGUGUGGUAACUGGUAAGGGGUUAUGAGAAAUAGAUGCAUGAGUUGGCGUAAAUUGUUGUAUGUACUUACUAAGAUGAUAUCAGCAAGAAUCAAAAUGCAUCUUUUACAUCUAGGGUAGGGAUACAUUGUUUGAUUUUGGCUUAUGUUUGAGAUCAAACAAUAGCAGCCUCCAUAUCUGAGUUAAUUUAGUGGAAACUCCUCAAUGAGCUAUGCACGUAUUUAUGCCAUUAAUGGCAGAGGAUUUCGGUGUAGCGAUACUUAUUAAUUUGUUUUUAUGAGUUCUAUAUGCUCUUGCUAAA